GAAACAAGACUGAGCACUCCACGCAAACAGGCAUAAUGACAGGAUAAAAGUUAUUAUUAUUAUCAUUAUUAUUCUUUUUGACGUGCAUCAGUCAUGCUGCGUGUUGUGGUUGAGUCUGCUUCAGGUCUUCCUAAAAAGAAACUCGGCAGUCCGGACCCCAUCACAUCUGUGGUGUUUAAAGGUGAAACAAAGAAAACUCGGUCCAUCAACAGUGAACUUAAUCCUGUCUGGAAAGAGACACUUGAAUUUGACCUUAAGGGUUCCUCUCUUGAUUCCUCAUCCUUCAUUGAUGUGAUUGUAAAAGACUUUGAGGCUCUUGGAAAAGACAAGUUUAUUGGCUCUGCAAAAGUCAACUUAAAAGACCUAGCAAGUGGUCAAGUGAAGUCGCUCUCUUCAAAAGGUUUGCCUUUAGUUAAUGAAAGCGGGCAAAAUAUUGGAGCCACAAUCGACCUUUUGAUUGGUUAUGAACCUCCAGCUAACACUCCUCCAAACCCAAAUGAUCAACCAGAUGGCGGUGCGGCAGGAACCACCGGUGCUGAUGGAAAUGAAGAUGCCACUGAUACAGGGGGUUUAUCAUCUCCCACUCAGCCAGGUCAAAAAUCUCUAUCACGGACCAGAAAACAGAGGCCUUUAUCUAACAAACCGCAGGACUUCCAGAUCCGGGUCCGGAUCAUCGAAGGUCGGCAGUUGCCUGGAAACAACAUAAAGCCUGUUGUGAAAAUACAUGUUUGUGGAGAAACCCACAGGACUCGCAUCAAAAGAGGAAAUAACCCCUUCUUUGAUGAGAUUUUCUUCUACAACGUCCACAUGUUGCCAUCAGAGCUUUUCGAUCAACACGUCAGCAUUCGGGUGUACAACUCCUCAUCACUGAGGGCUGACAGUCUUAUGGGAGAAUUUAAGGUUGAUGUUGGUUACAUCUACGACGAACCUUCUCACUGUGUCAUGAGGAAAUGGCUGCUUUUAAAUGACCCAGAUGACUCAAGCUCUGGGGCAAAGGGUUACCUGAAAGUCAGCAUGUUCAUCGUUGGGACCGGGGAUGAGCCUCCGGUGGAGAAGAGGGACCCAGAUAGCGAUAAUGAUGAUGUAGAAAGCAACCUUCUGCUACCAGCUGGAAUUGCACUGAGAUGGGUUACGCUGCAGCUCAAAGUGUUUCGUGCUGAGGACCUCCCUCAAAUGGAUGACUCCAUCACUCAGUCUUUGAAAGAGGCAUUUGGAGGAGAAAGCAAUAAAAAGAAUCUAGUAGAUCCAUUCAUUGAGGCCUGGUUUGCUGGAAAGAAGCUUUGCACAAAAAUAAUUGAGCAGAAUGCAAACCCUGAAUGGAAUCAGGUUCUUAAUCUACAGGUUAAGUUUCCAUCUAUGUGUGAACGGAUUAAACUGACAACAUUCGAUUGGGAUCGCCUCACAAGAAAUGAUGCCAUAGGAACUACAUUCUUGAAUCUGACCUCAAUAGCAUCAUCUGGUGGUGAAGUUGAAGUGGAGGAUCCAGGAAAUCCAUGGGUAAAUAACAGUUUUGUCAUUCUCACAGGAGAAACUGGGGAGUCUGGCGUUGGCUUUCUGCCUGCAUUUGGCCCAAGCUACAUUAACCUGUAUGGCAGCCCAAGGGAGUUUACAAGUUUAGUUGAUCCUUAUGAAGACCUUAACUUUGGAAAGGGGGAAGGGGCAGCCUACAGAGGACGCAUUCUCAUUGAGCUUUCCACUAAGCUUGAAGGAAAGCCGGAGAAUGACUUAGAGGCCAUAUCAAAUGAUGACAUUUUGGUUGCUCAGAAAUACCAGCGGAGGAGAAAGUACUGCCUGUGUGCUGUGUUCCACAGUGCCACCAUGAUCCGAGACCCUGGAGAGCCUAUUCAGUUUGAAGUUAGCAUUGGCAAUUAUGGCAACAAUCUAGACUCGACAUGCAAACCUCUCGCUUCAACCACCCAAUACAGCUGUGCCGUGUUUGAUGGUAAUCAGUACUACUACUUGCCCUGGGCUGACACAAAACCUGUUGUUGCCGUUAUGUCAUUUUGGGAGGAUAUCAGUCAUCGCUUAGACGCUGUUAACAUCAUUCUCCACAUUGCAAACCGUUUGCAAGACAACAUCACUGAUCUGAAAACAGAAAUACUAGCCAAAGUCCCAGACAAUAAACUGUAUGAGAUUCGGACCAAGCUUUUAAGCCAACUCAUGGAGGACAUCAGCAGCUUCAAACUCCCAGACCUGGAGGGUAAACCUAACCUCACAGCCCUGGACAUCCAGAUUAAGAAGCUCAGAGACAACACCUUAAAGAAUAUCCUGACUUCAGCUGGGCACUUGUUACAGAUGGGAGCUAACAUAACAGAGAGUUUGCCCACCAUUGACAGCUGGCUGGACAGACUUAAACAACUAGCUGAGGAGCCCCAGAACAGCAUGCCUGAUGUUGUUAUCUGGAUGUUGAGGGGAGAGACACGGGUGGCCUACAGUCGCAUUCCAGCUCAUCAAGUUCUAUAUUCGGUGCACAGCGAGGCAGCAUGUGGCCAGUACUGUGGAAAAACUCAGACCAUCUGUCUAAAGUACCCAAUGGAUAAAGACAAGGGUUCCAAGAUCCCUGUACAAAUACGGGUGAAUAUGUGGCUGGGAUUAGUCGCAGUCGAGAAAAAGUUUAAUACUUAUGCCGAGGGAACAUUUACUGUUUUUGCAGAACUGUAUGAGAACCAGGCAAAAAUGAUAGGCAAGUGGGGUACUUCGGGUCUUUUGAAUCGCCCGAAGUUCUCCGACAUAACCGGAAAAGUGAAGCUAAAGCAGGAGUAUUUUAUGCCCCCUGUAGGCUGGCAGUGGGAAGGUGACUGGUUUGUGGAUCCUGAGAAAAGUUUGCUGACUGAGGCUGAUGCAGGACACAGUGAGUUUGUGGAAGAAGUUUAUGAGAAUCAGACUCGUAAUCCUGGAGGAGAGUGGACAGCAGCGCCGUAUACAGAUGUGAAUGGAGAAAACGCUCGUUCCCCAGAAGAGAUAAAUUGCCCCAAUGGAUGGAAAUGGAUGGAUGAGUGGACCUUUGAUGAAAAAAGGGCAGUGGAUGAGAGAGGUUGGGAAUAUGGCAUUACCAUUUCUCCUGAUGAUAAGCCUAAGUCAUGGGUGGCAGCUGAGAAAACGUACCAUGUCCAUCGCCGUAGAAGAAAAAUCCGACCACGCAAAAAGGUGGCUGCUGGUGCAUUAGCUGCUGAGAAGAAAGAUACAGGACAUCCAGAAGGUUGGGAGUUUUCUUCUCUCAUUGGAUGGAAGUUCCAUCAAAAUGAGCGCUCCACUGAUUCGUUCCGUCGCCGCCGCUGGAGAAGGAAGAUGGAACCUUCUGACAGCAUUGGAGCGUCAGCCAUCUUUAAACUAGAGGGGGCACUGGGAAUUGAUAGAGAAGCAAAAGCGGAUGACAAGGGAUCAAAAUCAGAUGCCAGUAACUUGUUUGGAGCCAAUACACCUAAUGUGUCAUGUACUUUUGACCGAUCCUAUGAAUACCACCUACGGGUUUAUGUUUACCAGGCCAGAAACCUGCUUGCCUUGGAUCAAGACAGUUUCUCAGAUCCAUAUGUGCAUGUGUCAUUCUUACACAUGAGCCAGACCACAGAAAUAAUCAAGUCCAACUUGAGCCCGACCUGGGAUCAAACUCUUAUCUUCAACAAAGUGCCAAUCUUUGGAGAUCCCCAAACCAUUGCUCGCAAUCCACCUCUAGUUGUUUUGGAGAUAUUUGACUGUGACCAAGUGGGCAAAGACGAGCUGUUGGGCAGAAGUAGCUGCCUGCCUUUAGUGAAACUGAACCCAGUCAUGGAUAUAUCUCCUAAGCUUCUCUGGUACCCCGUCAUAAACAAGGAAGUGGCUGCUGGACAAAUCCUGGUUUCUGCUGAACUUAUUUUAAGAAACAAGGGAAAUGAGACUGAACUUCCCCUUGUCCCACCAAAGAGAGGAGACAUGCUGUUCAUGGUGCCUCAGGGGGUUCGUCCUGUAGUGCAGCUCACUAUGAUAGAGAUUCUGGCAUGGGGGUUGCGCAACAUGAAGACCUACCAGUUGGCACCUGUGACCUCCCCGAGCUUGGUGGUGGAGUGUGGAGGCGAGCGGAUUCAGUCAGCAGUCAUCAGAAACAUGAAAAAGAGCCCCAACUUCCCUGGAAGUGUUCUACAGUUGAAAGUGCUCUUGCCCAAGGACGAGAUGUACACACCUCCAAUUGUGCUGAAAGUUAUUGAUCAUAGGCCAUUUGGGAGGAAGCCUGUAGUAGGUCAGUGCACUAUUGACUCACUGGAAGAGUACAGAUGUGACCCGUAUAGCACUGUGGCUGAAGUGGCUAUGUCAUCGAAAGUGGCUUUGAUGGCAAGGACUUCCCAGGAUCUGCGCAUCAACAUGGAGGAAAGGCCUCUUCUUGAAACACAGUUUAUGCAUGGCUUCUCAUCAGCGUUUGACAAAAUGGCCCCAUCUUUUCCACUCCGUCAAGAGAAGGAGAAAGAGGAGAUUGAUUGGUGGAGUAAGUUUUAUGCUUCAAUUGGAGAACAUGAGAAAUGUGGCCCAUACCUUGAGAAAGGAUAUGACACCCUUAAGGUCUUCAACUGUGAACUUGAAAACAUGACUGAAUAUAAGGGGUUGACUGAUUUCUGUAACACUUUCAAACUCUUGCGUGGAAAGACAGACACCGGUGAGGACGAUCCCUCUGUGGUCGGGGAGUUUAAGGGAUCCUUCAAGCUCUACCCGCUCUCAGAUGACCCGGCCGUACCCUUACCUCCACAGCAGUUCAGAGAACUUCCUGACAGUGGCCCUCAGGAGUGUAUCGUCAGGAUCUACGUGAUCAGAGCAGUUGACCUGCAACCCAAAGACAACAAUGGUUUAUGUGAUCCAUACAUUAAGAUCGCACUAGGAAGGAAGACCAUUGAUGAUAGAGACAAUUACAUACCGAAUACUGUGAACCCAGUGUUUGGAAGAAUGUUUGAAAUGUCAUGCUUCUUGCCACAAGACAAAGAUCUGAAGAUCUCCCUUUAUGACUUUGAUCUUCUUACUCGCGAUGAGAAAGUAGGCGAGACAGUGAUUGACCUGGAGAAUCGGUUACUUUCUCGCUUCGGAUCUUACUGUGGUCUGCCACAGACUUAUUGCAUAUCUGGGCCAAAUCAGUGGAGAGAUCAGUGGAAGCCAUCACAGAUUCUUCAGCACCAUGCACGUCUGAAGGGCGUGCCUCCUCCUAGAUCUGAGGACAACGGGAACACCUUAAGUUUUAAUGGCCGGGAAUAUCAGCUCUCUAACUUUGAGGCUAACAAAGAAAUUCAUCAACACCUGGGCCCAGCGAGUGAGCGGAUCGCACUGCAUGUUCUUAGAACACAAGGCCUCGUUCCAGAGCAUGUGGAAACCAGAACACUUUACAGCACCUUCCAGCCCACGCUGCCGCAGGGAAGUCUUCAAAUGUGGGUCGAUGUUUUCCCCAAAAGUCUUGGACCUCCUGGACCUCCUUUUGAUAUUACCCCACGCAAGGCCAAAAAACAUAUGUUGCGUGUCAUCAUUUGGAACACCACAAAUGUCAUUUUGGAUGAAACCAGCAUCACUGGAGAGAAAAUGAGUGACAUAUAUGUAAAAGGGUGGAUGGCGGGAAAAGAAGAGGACAAGCAAAAGACUGAUGUUCAUUACAGAUCUCUUGAUGGUGAUGGAAAUUUCAACUGGAGAUUUGUCUUUGACUUUGAUUACCUUCCUGCUGAGCAACUGUGUCUGGUUUCUAAAAAGGAACACUUUUGGAGUCUUGACAAAACAGAAUUCCGAAUUCCACCUCAGCUGGUCAUUCAGAUAUGGGACAAUGAUAAAUUCUCGCUGGAUGAUUAUCUUGGCACAGUUGAACUGAAUCUGAACAACCUCAUCUCCCCCGCUAAAAUACCUGAGAAGUGCAGCCUGCAAAUGCUGGAUAAUGUGCCUAAAACAACUCAUAAGUUUGACAAGUCCAAGUCUCUUUUCGCCCAGAAGACAGUCAAAGGAUGGUGGCCCUGCUACAUUGAAAAAGACGGAAAGAAGGAGCUCGGUGGGAAAGUGGAGAUGACACUGGAGAUAGUCAAUGAGACGGAGGCAGAUGAAAGGCCAGCAGGAAAAGGCAGAGAUGAACCCAACAUGAAUCCAAAGCUCAACGCACCCAACCGACCUGAAACAUCCUUCUUCUGGUUCACAAACCCAUGCAAAACCUUGAAGUUCAUCGUAUGGCGGAGGUUCAAGUGGCUUUUUAUUGGCUUGAUUUUAUUGCUGUUAGUUUUACUGUUCCUUGGAAUCCUUUUGUAUUCAUUACCGAACUAUAUCUCAAUGAAAAUUGUGCAGCCAAUUAAGUGAUUUGGAUAUCUGCUGUGGAGACAGGCACUGGAGUAACAUCCUGCAGGAGCACACAUUUUGUAUUAACUGAUCCAAAGUAUUUUAAGAAGCUAUGCUGAAACAUAGAGUUUUACUGUACCAUACUCAGCACGGGUUAUUAUAUGGGAUUUAAUAUUUUUAUUUAUUUUUUGCCCUUGACCUAGAGAUGCAUGUGACCCCAUCAAACAAAUAAACAGCUGUUUUAAUAGCUAUAUAUAUAUUUUUUUU